ACGCCUCUUUAGUUACUCACACAUCAACAUGGCGGCGUGCGGGAAGACGGGACGAAACAGGAGAACUAUUUCUGCCCUUUCUCUGGUUAUUUUCCUUCAGCUAUUCGCCAGCCAGUGCCUGUCGGCUCCUGUAAACAACACUACUCCAGGUACGUUGAGUUGGUGUGAAUUAUUUGAGACUGAAUGCUGUUUUUAAAACCAACCGCCGGAGCUGCUUGCUAGCUACCCUGUCUAUCCUGGCAGCUAGUGGGGCUAGUUCGUCCUGCUAGCAGCGAGGGUGUCGGGUGAAGGAGAGCUCUCUGUGACCCAAUAUUCAGAAUUUACACAGGAGGAACGGUAACAUUAACUUGUUUGGGCGUUAUACAUGAAUAUCUUUCGUGUGUAUUUAAAUCAAAGCGCUUAAAUUUGCCCUCAAAUGGCUUCUUACUCAUAACCAGAAGUUGUAGUUGUUGUUGGUGGUUUACUGGAGUGCAUCAUAUUGAAGGUUGCUCCUACUACUUCACUCCUUAUGUUUGUUAAUGAUAUAGACUAAACAUUAAAGACAACUCUCCAGUCACUUCUUCAAUAAUAAUAAACAUGGAAUAUAAUAACCACCUGCUUUCUUACAGCAGUAAUUACGGUAGACCUGUCGUGUCAGAUUACAUUAGAUUACCCAGGUGUUUAUGGUAUAAUGGGCCGGUUGGGGUAGUUAAACCUGUGUUGCCAAAUUCUUGAGAAAAUGCCAUUGUCAGUUAGUGUAAGUAUCUACUUUGUGAUGCCCUGCAGGGUUCCCUGAGCUGUACAGAUUUGUGGUGGUCAGAUAAGGUGACUUGUUCCAGAUGUCCUUGUCAUAUAUCAGAGCUGUUAACUGACCCUCCCCUGUCAGCCCACCACUCUUACUGCUCAUUAUAAACAAACCUUUGAAGUGAACCAUUGGGAAACUGCAGUAAAGGCGGUGAUAAUGACUUACAGACAGGUUCAGUCUCGCAUGAAUGGACUUUGACUUCUGUUUUUGUUUUCUCAAAUCUCUUAGAUUAGGGUCAGCAGUGUGGAUUUCUUGGCUUGUUUCCUCCAUUCUUCUCAAAAUAAAGAGCGUAUGUCCUUUUAGGCUGCUCAGGUUGCAGCAUUAUUUGUUAGGUACGAGCUAGUCUAUAGUAUCUGGCCUAUUUCUCUGUCACAAGUACCUUUUUGAACAGCUUGAUGCACUGAAACCACUCAGAAACAUGCAAUAGACUUUUUAAUAGAAUUUUUAUCAUCUGUCAUUUCUCUGUAUCAAGAUUUUUUCAUGUUGUCUUCUAACCUGACAUCUGUAAUGACACCUCCUUUCCCCUGCUAUAUCCCUUAAUAGCCUGGAAACCCUCAAGUAUCUGACAACAGCAUUCACUGUUAGAAAAAUUUAAUCUUUUUUGCAAGAAUUCAAGGUCAGAAAAAUGUUUUAUGUGGUGAUGGUGCCAAGAUUUAGGUACCCUGUUGAAGCGUUUGUAAAUGGAUGUCCUCUCAAGGUUGAAUUAGGUAUCUUUGGUACCUGGAAGGAGAAAAACAAACAAGGAUGUUUAUACAAAGGGAGGAUGGCCUGAUCUUGGUGAACCGCUUGCUGGCUAAGUGUUUAUUUAGGCUGUAGUAAAAACAUUAAAAUGUCAAUUGUGUCGUUGGCUGGUUUGUUGGAUGAUUUUAACAGUAUUAAGGUUGUAGCCACACUCAAAAAUCAUGGAUUCAUGUGUACUUCAACUUCUACAAGUGGAAGAUUGGUACAUGGUGAUAUUACAGAGAUGUUAUAAACAUGCCAAGUAUCAAAACAUUAUUCAAGAGUUAAAAGCUGGUCAAGCGUUCUGCUAAGCUUAUAACUCUGGCUGCCACAAAGAUCUCCUGUUCGGUGAUUAUUUAUGCAGGCCAUGGCUUAUGUGUAUGAAUAGUUCCUUUCUUCUCUUGGGGAUGACUUUCCUCAUGCCUCAAGUCCCUAGUGUUCUCCUCCCGUCCCUGCCUCAGCAACACCUCCCUCUCCCACAGGAUGAAAUGAUGUUGACACUCCCUGGCUAAAUGGUGUCAUUGAUUCAGGAGGGCUGGCCAAAUACAUGCGACUGAGUCAGAAUAUGCCUUCACGGAAGAGAUCCUUUUAAAUUGUAGCACACCAUUAUUUUACUUUUCUCUUUCUCCCAUUAUUGCAACUUUUAUAGACCUGGUUAAUGGUUGACUUGACAUGUCUACUUCUUUUGGAAGAUCUGCCAGACUAACUGAGAGUUCAGUGAUGUGUAAGGAGCCCAAUAUGGUGCUGGUGAUCAGUUAUUCAUGGACUAAACCUUCUGAAAUAGACACUGUUUGGGGAUUAACAUAAAUAUAGCGUGGCCAUUUGAAGAAGAAAAUGAUGUAGUUUUGUGUGAACAUCUUAAGUUUUUAUAAACUGGAUUUUCCCAGGGACACCCAAGGGCGUGGCUAAUCCCUGGACAAUCAUUACCGUCCCAUUUGUCUCUUUAUAUAAUGCAAACAUUGGUAACUGCUUUACUAGUCCAGUUAUACAUGCAAUGGGAAAUAUUUAUAAUUGCACAUCUUAAUCUUGAGUUAUUAUCCAGGAAGCGUAUCAUUUUCCAGCUGUCAACUGCUAUGGUACAACUUUUACAUUCAGGCAGAGUCACAGUCAGUGUAUUAGUUUUGAGCUGUGUACAGCCUUGGAAAGUUUCAUCUAUUUGCUCUGUGUCGAACUGUUUGUUUAAAUGACACAAUGCAGCCAAAUCCAGUAUUUACCCAGACCUUGAUUUAAAAGAAAUAAUGUGGUGAGAUGUCCAAGGCUUUAGGAGAUAAUUUACACACAUGAUCACCUUUUGUUUUAAAAUUAACAAACUUAUAUAUUGUGACUUUUGACUUUGGGAUUUUUGGCAGAUUGUUAGUGAAUGCAUCUUUCUAAACAAACAAGCUGUUGUUACGUAUGAGUAUUUGGCAACUCUCUUUUGGCAUCAGUGGAGUUAACCACACUUACCCAAGGGUAUUUAGAUAUUAGUCGACAACAGUGAGAGGAAAGGUUCAUUAAAGGAGUCAGGCAUCAUAACAUCAAAAGUUGAGAAGUGACGUGAGAACUUUUAAGUAGGGCCCAACCGAUAUGGAUAUGGAGGAGGGGGAAUCAAAUUUUUUAAUGAAGUUAUAAAAAAUAUAUAGUAUACUGUAGAUAUCUACAGAAUAUGUAUAUGUAUAUGUACUGUUGUUUAUUCUACCGUUACUGGCACGGCUAACGGUGUAGCAAGGCUAACAGCAGGUGGCUAACUCUAACUUUAGCUUGCAUAUUACAUGGUGCUUCACCGUUAACUCGGCGUGACCCAGACCAGCACAUCGGGGAACAUGGUGAAGUGGGUUGAACUGAAACUUGUUGACUUAUUGUGUAUUUCACAAACUGGUUUAUUUACCGUUGAGGCGGACCACUCUCCUCUGUGCGUCCCUGAGCUGCCUGCUUCAGAUCCAUCACUCUGCUGUGCUGUGAGGAAGUUAGUGGAGGAAGAUUGUCAUGAGGUCGCUGCGCCAUCUACAGGAUAAGUCGGGGAACUUUUCAAAUGGUGGAACAUUUUUGAAGUGAACCGAAUCUUAUUUUCUGCAUUUUAUUUCUGAAAAUAUUGGCGACAAUCUGCGAGUUUUGGCCGAUUACCGAUUAGUCUCAAACAGGCUAAAAUUGGCUGAUAAAUCAGUCGGGCCCUAUUUUUAAGGUACUUUUUUCUCACUAUUAUUUUGUAACUCCAUGUUAAAUGUCUUGCACUUUUGUUUCCUCUUACUUUUCAGAGAAGGACGUCAAUACCCAGGGGCCUGAAACACCUCAAAGUCUACCCGCUUUAAGCACCACUAUAAACAAGGAAGGCCCAAAUUCUUCAACACCUAAACAGAGCGUGGCAAUGUCAACGGGACCUGAAAACCCUACAACAUCUGCUGGCAAUGACUCCACAACAACAACGGAAGUAAAAGCCCUGAAAGAUAACAGCACUUUGACAGCUAAUCAAUCGAAAACAUCAGAAGAGAACCAGGAAACAAGUCAGAUGUCCACUUUUGAAGAAUCUGAGAAGAAACAAGUAUCAACCAAUGAUAGCAGCCAGGUCACAGUUCCAAAGGAGGAAAAACCAGUAACACCCAAAGCCGUGCCAACUGUUAAACCUUCAGUUUCUGCUACCACGACAACCUCAACUCAAACAUCCAAAUCCACAACCACAAGCGCCAAACCCCCCCGUCCUGCUGAUGUAGAGGAGCUAGACUCUAACAUGAAAACCUCCAACUCUGUGAACCAGCCCACUGUGCAGGGGACAAAUCCUGGCCCCACUGCCAACGGACCACCUAUCAAUAGUUACACAGAUGAAGCAGAUGAGGACGACGAAGAUGAUGAGGAUGAUGGUAACUAUUUGGAGAGUGAUGAUGACGAUGCCGUGUAUGAAAGCAACAACAGCCUCAAGGAGGAGACUGUGAACAGGCUGCAGAGGCCAGAGGGGAUCGUGGUGACCCAUUACAAGGAGACGGACAGCUACAACACGGAGGAUCAGGACUCUCACUUCUUCUUUCAUCUGGUCAUCUUAGCUUUCCUGGUGGCCAUCGUUUACAUCACCUAUCACAACAAGAGGAGGGUGAGUAAUCUGCAAAAACUGAAAGGAAUAUAUUCCCCAUAUUAUUUCCUUUAUCUCUUUAAGAUGCGAAGUUCACAUACUCUGGUAUAAACUCUAAUACUAGAACAAAAUUUCGGUAAAUUUGGACCUGUGUGAAUCAUAGUAACUGUACUAAACAAAUGUAAAGAUAGGUUAUUUGGCGAAAAGGAAAAAUCAUAGACAGGUUUAAAUAUGAGACCACACUUUUUUAUGCUCCAAUCCACUCCACUUAAUUUAUAUAGCACAAUUAAAAAAACUAUUAAGUUUGGCAAAGUGCUGCACAGUGCAAUAAAAUAAGUUAAAAACACACAGAACAUGAAAUGUUAAAAUAAAUGAAUCAUAAAAAAACACUUUAAAAUUAAACAAUAAAGAAUUUGUCAGAGUGAGACUGAGGAUCCCGCAGACCAGUCGAGAGUAUUUCCUCAAUCACACAACUUUACAAAUAGAAGAAUGUGACAAAAUACAUAAGAAACAGCCUCGGCAUGAAAGUGGUUUCAGCUAAAAAAACCCUGCGGUUUGUUUGAAUGUCUGUGAAGUAGAUUGUGACAAAAUGCGAAAUCACUAUUCUGGUGAGGAUCACUGCUCGGUGAAUUUUUUUUUUUCCUCAAAGUAAAAGUUCUCCCUCCAUCCAAUCUGCAGAGGAAGGUUUUAUGUUAUACAUUAUGCUGACCCCGUGUAAAUUGGGGUUUUACAGCUGAAGUAAAGAUUCCAAUUAUGCAGUCUUUCAUCUCUUCUGCGGGGAGUAAUUUCACUUGAUCAGCACUUAUACAUCUAUUAGAUUUAAUUUGAUUUCCAUCUCUCUUUUCUUACAUUUUUCUUCUUUUCAGAUCUUCCUCCUGGCUCAGAGCCGGCGCUGGAAAGACGGCCUGUGUUCCCGCAACACUGUCGAGUAUCACCGCUUGGACCAGAAUGUUAACGAGGCCAUGCCGUCCCUCAAGAUGACCCGAGACUACAUCUUUUGAUCCAUGCUCAGCAUAAGAAUAUGUCCAGACCUGAGAUGAGCCGGCUGACCAUCCUGGCUGGCCGGUCACAUUGUAGAGAUGCUUGAAGCUUGAUCGAUGCUUUCUCUUGCUUUACAGGCCAACUGGAGAGCAAGGGCUAAAUUUUAUUGUCCAGGGUCUUUUUGUUGCACGCAUAGAGAGAUUUUAACUGUUUAUAUGUUAUUCUCAUUUGUGAUAUUAUUUUGAUAUUAUUUGUAUUUUUCUAAAUUAAUAACGUCUUUAAAUUUAUGUCUAUAUCUUUACUGGAGGUCUAUAUCUGUCUUUCUCUUUGGAAAUUUCAGCCUUAAGUCCUUUUGACGUCUUUCUUGAUUUUCUUUCUGCACAUGGUCUUUGUUUAAAUACAUGAAAUGUUUAUAUGAAUUAGGUGACACACUAAUGCUUUGUUUGAAGAGAUGAUUGUUGAUAAUUGCUUUCUCCCUGCAAGAUAUGAAUCACCUAACAACACAUUUGCUGUGUUGUAAAUAUUUUUUAAAUUAAAAAUAGGGGUUUAAAAAUGAUUGAGUGUGUAUAUAUCUACACACAUACAGUGGUCUGUUAAACAUCAAACAUAAAGGAACGAAACUCUAUAAAAUUAAGAAACUUUGAGAAAAUGUUUGAAACAUUUGAAGUCAAACUUUCCCUUUAUAUUCCCAGAAAAUUCCUUUAUAUUUCCUGACACCAGAAUCACACCUCAGCAGUUUGAAAAUGUGAUUCAAACUUGAGCUGAAAAGCCUUUCUGUUUGAUCUUCACGUAUCUAAAUGAUCUAAAGGACGUUAAAACCCUUUGUCACGUUUGGAAAUGAAGCUGCACCGAAAGCAUGAAGUCAGGCAGGCUGAUAAGUCCUUGAGUUAGGGGUCUGUUUAUGUGCUUAGGCCAUUAAAAUGAAGACAGUAAUUUAAAUUAACUAACAGUCUAUGGGAGCAGCUCUAUAAUCUUCCCUUUUUUUCUAUUUAUGUUUAACUUCUUUGUUGCUGUACAUCUUGUACUCCUUCUGCCCAGAUUUUGCCAUGCAGAAAUCUCGGGGCUGGCCCUCUUUGUUUUAUGACUUCGGUGAAGUCUCUAUCAAUCAUUUAUGGUCUUCAUUGUGGCAAAAAUUAUCGUCUGUUUCUCCUCUUGUAAGCAUUGUAUUAUUAAUGUGUACUCACCACAUGUCAGGGAACAUUUAGAUGGACUGGCAUCUCUCUUGAUGAGAGGUACUGCAUGUUGUGUUUGGCCUUAUGUGCACACGAGCAACAAGAAACAACAGCUCUCCUGAGCUUAUACCCCCCUCUAUGAAUCUCCACUGUCCGUCUCAGCCACAUAUUGUUCACUGCUACCAUCACAUGCCUUCAGUUGAAAUGCCAUAACUGCCACAUUGAUCCACACUUGUUUUUUAAUCAAUCUCUUGUCGCCUUAGUUGUUUUUCAGCUGUCUUGUUAGUAAACAGUACACAGAGGGAAGAUGGAUAAUGCGAUUUGCACUGUACUGCUCUGUCAUACAGGUGAGAAUAAUAGAGGAGAUGUCCUGUGUAGACGUGAUGGAUCGACACUGCUCUUGCAAUCAACAGUAGAAAUUCUCAUUUUUUUUGUCAAUAAAGCACAAAUUGUGUACAAGAACCU